AUGGAUAUCGAUAAGAGCAAAUAUUACAUUGAAAGUGAACAGAUUCCUGAAGAUGACAAUGAAUCUUCUAUAGUAUCGGUUAAAAUCGAAGAUUUACCAGAUACAUUGAAAGAUGAUGAACUUGAUCCACUUGUCUGGAGAGUCAAUGAGACGAUAAAAGACUCAGAAGCGAAGGAAAGAUUUGAUGGACUCUCUUCUGAUGUUUAUUCUCAAGUUUCUCCAUCUGUUGAUCAAUUUUUCCGCAAUUACUUACAAAACAAUGGAUUUCUUGAGACUCUCAAUGUAUUCCAGGCAGAAUGGUUCAAGUUCUUGCAUAAAGGUUUAUUGAAUAAAGAAGCUGCCCCAGCUCCUGAUAUUUAUAUACAGAACGAUGA